CCGAGCUGCAGUCGCCCGCGGCGCGGAGCGAGCGCCUCCGAGGGGCGCGGGCCGCGGGCCGGAGCGAUGACCCUCCGCCGACUCCGGAAGCUGCAGCAGAAGGAGGAGGCGGCCGCCGCCCCGGACCCCGCCGCCCGGGCGCCCGCCUCCCAAGUCGCCCCGGCCCGGACCCCGGCCUCGGGCGCCCCCGCCGCGGCCGCCGGCGCCGGGCCCCCGGGGGACGAGCUGUACGCCGCGCUGGAGGACUACCACCCCGCCGAGCUGUACCGCGCGCUCGCCGUGUCGGGGGGCACCCUGCCCCGCCGGAAGGGUUCAGGAUUCCGCUGGAAGAAUCUCAACCAGAGUCCUGAACAGCAGCGGAAAGUGCUGACUCUGAAGAAGGAGGAAAACCAGACCUUCGGCUUUGAGAUCCAGACAUACGGCCUUCACCACCGGGAGGAGCAGCGUGUGGAGAUGGUGACUUUUGUCUGCCGGGUUCAUGAGUCAAGCCCUGCCCAGCUGGCUGGGCUCACGCCAGGGGACACCAUCGCCAGUGUCAACGGCCUGAACGUGGAGGGCAUCCGUCAUCGAGAGAUCGUUGACAUCAUUAAGGCAUCUGGCAACGUUCUCAGGCUGGAAACUCUGUACGGAACUUCCAUUCGGAAGGCGGAACUGGAGGCUCGCCUGCAGUACCUGAAGCAAACCCUGUAUGAGAAGUGGGGAGAAUACAGGUCCCUAAUGGUGCAGGAGCAGCGGCUGGUGCAUGGCCUCGUGGUGAAGGACCCCAGCAUCUAUGACACGUUGGAGUCGGUGCGCUCGUGCCUAUACGGGGCUGGCCUGCUCCCCGGAUCACUGCCCUUCGGACCCCUGCUGGCCGCGCCCGGGGCCCCCCGCGGGGGCUCACGGCAGGCUGGGGGCGACCCGGACGACGCCGUCUACCACACGUGCUUCUUCGAGGGCGCCCAGCCGCCCCUGCCGCCGCCCCCGCCGCCGCCCCCCGCCCGCGCGCCGGCGCUGGGCCCGGCCGAGGCGCUCCCCUCGGGGCUGCGGGCGGGGCUGAGCCGCAGCGCCAGCGUGCGGUGCCCGGGCCCCGGGGGCGGCGGCGGCGGCGGCGGGGGCGCGCCCGGCUCGCUCUGGACUGAGGCCCGCGAGCAGGCCCUGUGCGGCCCCGGCCUGCGCAAAGCCAAGUACCGCAGCUUCCGCCGGCGGCUGCUCAAAUUCAUCCCCGGACUCAACCGCUCCCUGGAGGAGGAGGAGAGCCAGCUGUGAGGGCGGGGCGGGCGGGGGGAGGUAUUUAUUUAUUUAUUCGCUCCUGCCAGUGCAGAAAGCAAGGGGGCGCGGGCGAGGGAGGCGGGCACCAGGCCGCGGGGGGGGGACCCCAGGAGCCCAGAGCAGCGGGAGAGGGUCCUGGCCAGCUCAGCUGGGCGCUGGCUUGUCUCCGCCCGGCGGGGAACCCCGGCCCAGACGCCUCUCCUCCUCCCCCCUUAGCCUCAGUGGGAGCCGGCGCAGGGAGAACCAGCCGGGCUCGAGGCUGGGAGAUGUUCGGGGGCCAUCCUCCAUCUGGUCAGCAGUGCCUUGUGGGGUGUCCAGGAAAGCUCCCCCUGAUGGGGGACCCUGUCCCACGAAGCCUCCCCUCAGCUUUACUCGCCCCUCGGCUUUGGGGAGAAGUGGCUAUGGCCCGUAGUCCGCCCACCUUCCAUACACACAGUUCCAGCUAACGGCCCCCCUCGCUCCGGCCUCGCCCUGGGGCCUGUAACUAGGUUGGGUUCUCUGCCCCUUGGGGGACACAAUGAGCACGUCCGGGUGGGGUGAGGGCAGGACCGGCUGUUCCAUCAUUUCGCAUAUUGUUGCUUCUGAACCACAAACUGUAUAAAAUGGACGGUUUUU